CCAUCAUCAGCCUGUCCUUAUUAAUGCAUUGAGGAGCUUGCCCAGCUUCAUUGUCCGUCACUGUUCAAUGAGCCUGCUGUGACAGUCGGUCUUUUUCUUUAUUUCUAAAACCUUAUACCUGGUGUACUGUCCAUCCCUCACGACUGCCACCAUGACUGAACAAGACAACAAUGCAGAAUCAUAUGACGCAACAAAGCGGCAGCAAACCAGUUCCAGCUCGCAAGUCAUAAAUGAUAUUGUGUCAGGAUCUAAUUUUGAUCAUGAAGAAGUUGACAGGCUGUGGAAACGCUUUAUGAAGUUGGAUAGAGAUAAAUCUGGCACUAUCGAGCGUGAUGAAUUCCUUUCCCUCCCACAAGUCUCUUCGAACCCGCUUUCAACCCGAAUGAUAGCCAUCUUUGACGAAGACGGCGGUGGUGAUGUCGAUUUCCAAGAAUUUGUGUCCGGCCUAUCAGCGUUCAGCUCAAAGGGCAACAAAGAGGAGAAACUCCGUUUCGCAUUCAAAGUAUACGAUAUCGACCGCGACGGUUUUAUUUCCAACGGAGAAUUGUUCAUUGUAUUGAAGAUGAUGGUGGGAAGUAAUUUGAAGGAUAUGCAGCUACAGCAGAUUGUUGACAAGACGAUCAUGGAAGCUGAUUUGGACGGCGACGGGAGAAUAAGUUUCGAGGAAUUUACAAGGAUGGUGGAAAAUACAGAUGUUAGUAUGAGUAUGACAUUGGAUCAAUUCUAAGCACCUUUGGCGGAAAGUUCUCGGCAUAAGUCUGAUUGGCAUGGCUAUGUGCUCUUUCAUGCUUGAACAAAUGAUAUCCUUUGAUGAACCUUGCCCUAUGUUGUUUUUAUGCCGUGCAAACUGAGGAUCGAAACCCAGCAUUAAGAGCACCGGGCGGUCCAGGAUACGACCCUUAAUGAACUGGAUUUAUUAGACGAACCUGAAUGUUAUCGCAUGUUUCUUG